UAUACACAAAAGAUUAAAUUAAUAAAUUCUCUCUCUCUCAUCGCUGCUUCCAUUUUCUACCUAUCAUAUUACUAAAUUAUUGAUAGUUGCAGCACUACCGGUAAUAAUGUUGUGGGGAAGGAAUCUUUUAAUUCUUUCUUGAAAAAUAUUUUUCCUUAAUUUGUAAAUCCCAUCAUCUGACCAUGUACCGCAAUUUGUUCAUGAGUGAAUAUCAUACCUCAACUUAUUUCUAUUUACGUAGAAAUGGUAAUCUUGACUAGAUUUUUGCCUCUCUUGUCACUAAACCAUGUCAGGGUUAGUGGUAACUGUUACUGGAGACUUUACAGUAGCACAGUAAAAUGGAAUGAAUAUUGUUGGCGGACUCACACCUGUGGCGAGUUACGGAAAAAUCAUAUUGGUGAUGAAGUCACUCUAUGCGGUUGGGUUGAAUUCAAACGAAUGAAAAAAUUUGUUGUGUUGCGAGACUGGCAUGGGCAAGUUCAGAUUUUAUUAAAAUCUGGCAACACGAAAAAUUUUGCCUUGGAAUCUGUAAUUAAAGCAAGAGGCGUGGUGAAUCCUCGUCCUGAAAAGGAUAUCAAUCCAAAUAUGUCAACUGGCGAUAUCGAACUUCAUGCCAACGAAAUUGAAAUUUUGAAUCCAUGCACUGCCCUUGGUUUUUCUAUUCACGAUUUCAAUCAUAAAAAUGAAGAUGUUCGAAUGAAGUUCAGAUAUCUGGAUAUCCGCACCGAACAAAUGCAAAAAAGAUUACGAAUCAGAUCAAAACUUAUCUCAUCGAUGAGAGAGUUUUUAAUACAUCAAUAUGGCUUCAUUGAAGUUGAAACACCAACUUUAUUUCGACCCACUCCAGGGGGAGCAAGAGAGUUUCUGGUUCCAUCGUCAGUGGGCCCUGAUUUAUAUUACACCCUACCACAAAGCCCACAACAAUUCAAGCAAUUAUUAAUGGUAGGAGGUAUAGACAGAUAUUUUCAAGUUGCUAGAUGUUAUCGUGAUGAAACGACUAGACCAGAUCGGCAACCUGAGUUUUCGCAAUUGGAUAUUGAAAUGUCAUUCGUAUCAUCUGAAGAUGUUGUAAAUCUCACUGAAAAUUUGAUUAAAAGUUGCUGGCCUUAUGAUCUAGGAAACAAAAAAUUUCCAAAACUUUCUCUUGCCGAUGCUAUUGAUAAAUAUGGCACUGAUAAACCCGAUACAAGAUUCCAAAUGACUCUUUCAGAUAUUACGACAAUUUUGAUUCAAGAAACUGAAAUCAUCGAUAAGUCUGACACUGUCAAUGCAUUCGUUAUCCCCCAAAAUCAUAGUGAAGGUUUAGGUAAAAUUGGAGUUGAAAACGUUUAUAAGAUGAAAACAAAAUAUUUUUCAGACAGUCCGUCACAAGAUUCAGUACUAUUGGUCAACAAAAAUGACGAUUUUGAUCAUUUAUUUGGCAUCAAUCUACAGCUUCAAACCUUGACUACAAAAAAACUUUUGUCAAACUUAAAACUGAAUGAGGGUGAUAUUGUAUGGAUUGGUUGGGACGGCUUCGCAAAAGUAAAAGAAAAACUAGGAAAAAUUAGAUUGUUUGUUGCUGAUGCAUUGGAAGUAGCUGGCAUUGAACUUCGUCCACCUGAACAAUAUAAUUUUGUUUGGAUAUCUGAUUUUCCAUUAUUUGAUGUAAAUUCUGACGAAGGAUUGAAACCUGUUCAUCACCCGUUUACAGCUCCACAUCCUGAUGAUGUUUCAUUGCUUGAAUCAGAGCCAACAAAAAUCCGCAGUCUUGCUUAUGAUCUUGUUUUAAACGGGAGUGAAAUUGCAGGAGGAUCAAUCCGGAUUCAUGAUUCUUCUCUUCAAAAAAGGAUUCUCGAUGAUUUUCUUAAAAUUGAUUCUUCAAAAUUAGAACAUUUACUUGAAGCAUUAAAAUCUGGUGCUCCACCUCAUGGUGGAAUUGCAAUCGGUUUGGACCGCUUAGUUGCGGAAUUGUGCAAUGCAAAAAGUAUUCGUGAUGUUAUAGCCUUUCCAAAAUCUGUUGUGGGAAGGGAUAUGUUGUGUGGAUCUCCAUGUAAACCUGAUAAUGAUACUCUUGAACAUUUUUUCCUUAAAAAUAUAAAAUCCUAAAAUUCAUAAUUUGUGUUAUUAAAUAUUUAAUUUUAUUAUACUUAGUGCUAGAAUAAAGAAAACUGUUUCGUGUUUUUCGAAAUCAUCUUUUUAUAUAAAUUCAAGGCAUUCAAAACCCCCACUUGUGAUUAAUUUUUCAAUUGAUUCAGUUAUUAAUUCAGAAUCAUCUCAUCCUAUUCAAUGAACACUAAGAAAUAAUAAUUAUAUUUCUCUAUUUUUAAUUUCACAGA